AUGUCAUUAAUUUCAAAAUGGUUAAUUUCAAUUAUACUACUUAUUUUCUUCAUAGACAGAGGUUUUUGUAUUAAAUGUUGGAAUUGUCGAUCUAGUUACGAUCCGAAUUGUGCUGAUCCAUUUGAUAAUACCACUAUUCCAGUUAUGGAGUGUGAUGAAAAAUUAGGAUUGGCACAUUUACCUGGUACAAAAUCUAGCAUGUGCCGAAAAAUUCGUCAAAAAGUAAAUGGUGAAUGGCAUUAUUUUAGAGAUUGUGCCUAUUUAGGUGAAGCUGGGAUUCAAGGUGACGAAAGAUCCUGCUUGAUGAGAACUGGAACUAACAAUACCAUCAUAGAGUACUGCACUUGCAAUAGUAAAGACGGGUGCAAUUCAUCAUCUUUGAUAAGUCCUGUACAUAUUGUCAUAUUUACUUUGUCAUAUAUAUCCAGAUUUAUUUUAAAUAUUUUCUCAUAA